GUUGACGUGUGCGGUUUGUGCAGCGGCUAAGCGCAAUAGCAGCGUAUCGAGAUAGUCAUAAACAGAAAAUACACAAGUUGCCUGCAGAGCGUCCAWCGAGUGGAAGAAGAAGAAGAACAACAACAAGAGGAAGAGCACAGCGCAUGUAACACUCGUGUGUGAUAAAAUGUGAAACACAAACAACAACAGCAAUAGCAGCAGCAGUGACAAUAACAACACGGCAAAAUUGUCGCGCGCGUGUGACUGUGAGCGUGUGUCUGUGUCUCUGUUUGUGUGUAUGUGUGUCUGUGUCCGUGUCUGUGUGUGUGUGUGCGAGCGCUGCGUGUCACAUAUCAGCUAAAAAGAAAGCAAGCAUACCAAAAAAUACAGUGGAAAACGCGCAGCGCAGCGGCAGAAAAAUUCGUUCAACGGCAACCGCCGCCGCCGACGCCAACAGCAGCAGCAGCAGAAGCAGAAGCAGCAGCAGUAAUAACAGCAGCGACGCCGACAGCGACGCCAGCAGCAGUCCGUUAACAGCCUUAAGCAGCGGCUCAUCCAGCUAUUUGGCAUCGGCUUAGACAUCUGGGCAUUGAGCUUGUGCCUAGCCAUGGGCACCGGACACUACUUCUGGGCGAUCUUCUACUUUACCAGCCUGUGCAGCGCUUCCCUAGCAAAUAAUGCCAAAAUAAAUUUCCGAGAAAAGGAGAAAAAAGUCUUAGAUCAAAUUUUAGGUGCAGGCAAAUACGAUGCCAGAAUUCGACCAUCGGGAAUAAAUGGCACAGAUGGUCCAGCCGUCGUGCGCGUCAACAUAUUCGUUAGAAGUAUAUCGAAAAUCGAUGAUGUAACCAUGGAGUACAGUGUACAGUUAACCUUUCGAGAGCAGUGGACGGAUGAGCGUCUCAAAUUCGAUGAUAUACAAGGUCGCCUGAAAUAUCUCACACUGACGGAGGCGAAUCGUGUGUGGAUGCCGGAUUUGUUCUUCUCCAAUGAGAAGGAGGGACACUUUCACAAUAUCAUCAUGCCCAAUGUGUAUAUACGUAUAUUUCCCAAUGGAUCGGUGCUCUACAGUAUACGCAUCUCACUAACAUUGGCCUGCCCAAUGAAUCUCAAGCUGUACCCAUUGGAUAGACAAAUAUGCUCACUUCGAAUGGCUAGCUACGGCUGGACUACCAACGAUUUGGUAUUCCUUUGGAAGGAGGGUGAUCCCGUGCAAGUGGUAAAGAACUUACACCUACCUCGCUUCACAUUGGAGAAGUUUUUGACUGAUUACUGUAACAGUAAAACCAAUACGGGUGAAUACAGUUGCCUCAAAGUCGAUCUACUAUUCAAGCGAGAAUUCUCAUAUUACUUAAUACAAAUUUAUAUACCAUGCUGUAUGCUGGUCAUUGUAUCAUGGGUAUCAUUCUGGCUGGAUCAAGGCGCAGUGCCCGCGCGCGUAUCGUUAGGUGUAACCACUUUACUAACUAUGGCCACACAAACAUCGGGCAUUAAUGCCUCACUGCCGCCCGUUUCCUAUACAAAGGCAAUCGAUGUUUGGACCGGCGUCUGUUUGACGUUUGUCUUUGGGGCGUUGCUCGAAUUCGCCCUGGUGAACUAUGCCUCCCGCUCAGGUUUGAAUAAAGCUAAUCGGGCCGCAGACAUGCAUAAGGAGAAUAUGAAAAAGAAACGCCGCGAUUUGGAGCAGGCCAGUUUAGAUGCUGCUUCAGAUCUGCUCGAUACAGAUAGCAAUGCAACAUUCGCAAUGAAGCCCCUGGUGCGUCAUCCGGGCGAUCCGUUGGCCCUAGAGAAGCUGCGCCAAUGCGAGGUCCACAUGCAGCCACCGAAGCGCCCCAGCUGCUGUAAGACUUGGCUAUCCAAGUUUCCCACAAGACAAUGUUCUAGAUCGAAGAGAAUCGAUGUUAUCUCGCGAAUCACAUUCCCGCUGGUCUUUGCGCUCUUCAAUCUGGUCUACUGGAGCACAUAUCUCUUCAGGGAGGAGGAGGAUGAGACCUUCUAAAGCGCGUCCGCGUCUCUGAAAACCAAAGGCUAUGUAGAAUCCAACAUGAAAUUUACAAUACGGCACAUAUAUAUAUAUAUAUGCAUACCGAUAUGUAUGCGUAUAUAUAAAUAUAUAUAUAAAUAUGUGUAUGCUUUGCUUGAUCAAAUGGGGCGAGACAAGGCUUCAAGGCAUUUCCACUAUAAGAAAAUUUGAUGAGCGACAAAGAUAUUUACUAACUAUAAGUUAAAUUGAUCAAGUACGACUGCAUAGUAGAUAAAAGAAAUUUAAGAAAUUGAAGAGAAAUCACAGCUGUAUUUUAAUGAGAACAAACAGAAACGGACAAAGCGAUUUGUGGGCGUUUUGCAGAACGCUUUCAGCUCGAUUUGUCUAAAUUUGUUUUUAAUGAUCAAAAUUGUUAAACUAAAAAAAUAAAAAACAAAAUACAGAUUUUUAAAUAAAUUAUUUAUAGGCCUAAAUCCAUAUACGUUUUGUUCAUAAUUCAAUUAGUUUAGUUCCAAACAAAUUACAAUUAAUUUGUACUUAAAAUGCGCUAAGUUAGUUGUAAAGAAACUUCAAAGAAGAAGAAGAUGAUGAAGGAGAAUAAAGAAAAAAGUAAAGUCGCACGACGUUUGUAAAUAUUGUCAUAUUGUCAAUAAGUUUUAAGCCAACUAGUUUAUACAAUUCGAAUUCUAAAAUGCAAAUUUACUGCG